AUGGCCAUAACAACAAUAACAACUACUACUGCCAAUACUCGCGAAACCGAAAAGGAGCAGCAACCUCACACGCUACGCUGUCGCCAGUCGCAUCGACAGCAUCGCUGCGGCGCGCACGCUGCACACUGCAGCUGCAUCGCUGCACGCCUAACUGCCGGCACUCAAAUCUCUGCCCUUUGUUUAACGAUUACCGCUGGGACGUUAGAAAUGGCAUUGAGCGGCUAA